AUGGCGACACUCAAUCGCAAAUACGCGGCUCUGCCUGAUCUGGAUUCGGCCCCAGACAUUUACGAAACACCCGAAUUGACUGACGACAACUCCACCGUGCCUACCACAACAAAUAGGGCACAGUCCGAUGACGAAUUCUACGACGUUGACGAGGAUGAAGACGGCCACGGCAUCUCAAGAACAAGAUUGCGCAUCAACGAAGCUCGCUCGCGUUUCUUGCCCGCCAACGUCGAUGCGAACGGGGUUGAUUUUUCAGAUCGCGUGGAUGGAAAACGAAAGUCAUACAAGGCAUCCAGUCGCCGUCAGCGCAUACUAGAAGAUGGCACCUGUGAACUUGGCGACCUGUCCGACGAUGACGACGACGAGAGCCUAGAAAGAAGGAUCGCACGGCUAAAAAGGGAAGUCGAGGAGGCAAAGGAGGAAUAUGCGAGGCGAAGAGCCGCCGCCACAACAACAGGCGCAGAAGCUAGAGAUACGGGCCCCUCAGACGGGAGAUUGGACACUUUGAGUCAAGUCCUCGACGACAUGGCCCAACCUCCCAAUGCCGAGACCUCCCGUGGCAUGGCAAGGGCAUACUUUCCUCCGUCAAGCAGCAAGCCUGAAGACGUCCCAGCAGGCAAUGGUCCUACAUAUACGGUCACCUACGCGCCAGCUUACGAACAGAGCCAUGCUCUUGCCAAGGCUGCUGAUUUUGACCGAAGGCUACUCAUGCUGGAAAAAGCUCUGGGAAUUAGCGCUUCAUCAUUGUCCGAAGCCAGUGCAAAUGGACUGCCAAGAGCUAUAUUGCCCACCCUGGACAAUAUGGAAAAGCAAAUUUCGACUCUGGCCCAGGCCUCGACCUCGAACCUGGAUGCCAUUACCCGGCGAGUGCGAACAUUGGCAUCGGAGCAAGACAAGCUCAACGACUCCCGGGAAAAGGCCAAGGCACUCAGGGAAGAACUCGGCAAGCAAGGUCAAUCUUCGGCCGACGAAUCGGAGCAAGAGUCCAAGAUCAAUGCAUUGUAUGGAAUUCUGCCCACAAUUGAGAAGCUCACGCCUAUGCUGCCUCCGUUGCUGGACCGUCUGCGAUCGCUUCGUGCGAUCCAUGCUGAUGCUGCAACCGCGAGCCAGACCCUAGAGCGCAUCGGGACACAGCAAGCGGAGAUGACGGGGGAGUUGAGGCAGUGGAAGGAAGGCCUCGAGAAGAUGGAAAAAGCCAUGGCAAAGGGAGACGUUACAGUCAGGAGUAACAUGAAGAUCAUGGAGGGCUGGGUACAAGACCUGGAAGAACGAAUGGCCAAGCUAUCCUAA